AGAUCACCAAUGUCACUUCGACAAGCUUUUGCUUUGCAUACGCCAGCGUCGCUCAAAUGGACUGCAGCUCAAGAAAAGAGUUUGAGCAGAGACUACCCGCUGCAAGAUCACGAUCCAGAUGACCCAGCCCUCUUCGUCCAGCGCACUUACCUUCACUACCUCUGGCUUCCUCAUUCAAUUAUGCCGCUCUCUGUAUUUAUUCCCUCUCUUCUUCGCAUCCAAGGACCUCUAGAUCUCGCGGAGGACCAGCCACAUCCUCUUCACGCCUUUAUCGAGCCUCUCCUCCUUUCCCUUCGCGCAGCCGUGAACAAGUACCAUAACGAGCUCCCUCAGAUUCUCGCCGAUGGCGGCGGUGCAGGCGAAGCAGAGGAGAGUAUAAUGUGGUAUGCUUUGGGGUACGAGAAAGUCGAUGCCAGCGCAGAGCGUAGCGAACACCUCAACCGAGAUGACAAUGCGAUGCUAGAAGACAAGUGGAGGUCUGGCUGGCUCGAGCGCAUGGAGCAGCGUGAAGUUCAGAUCCAAAUUCUGCUGUACUUCCUCAAGCUCUCUCUUCCUGGACCAUGCACCCCAUUACCGCCUGUCGAAGUGCCACUCACUGAUAGUACUUAUUUCAUCUCACCCGCCAAACACAGCCGUUUGCAGAAGAAGAAGAAAGAAAAACCAAACUUGAUCAUCCCGUCCUCUAUCGAGCGUCUCGAGUCCUUCAUGGACAAACUCUCAACGUGGCAACUCGUAUCACUCAUGACUACAUCUCACACUGAAAUUACGACUCGCAACAAGAAUGAACGUGACUGGAUGCAAAAGUUUUGCGAGGAUGUAGUUGAACCUCUGUUCAAAUCAAAACUUCCGGAGCAAUGUACCCUACUCCGUUCCAAGCUCUUCCCAAGCUCUCCCUUCUCCGACGAACCCCCUUCUCCCGGAUCAUCUACAGAGAAGUCUGUCCCUGGGUCUCGUUCUCAUCAUUCAUCAUCGACUACCGCAGCUGGCCCACAAAUUGGUGGAACGGCAAAGGCCCCUGUUCGCACUCGCUCGCUGUCCGUGUCCCUCGCCCAGGAAAAAGAAAAGGAGCGCGCAGCAAGCGUAGGCGCGACGCAGGACAAGACACUUCAGCGUGCGCUAACCCGGCAGAUCAGCAUGUCUCGUGCAUGGAAAGGGAAAGAUCGGUCGACAACUGCGGUGUCACAGGCGGAUACGAAGAUGCCUGCUGCAACAGCUAAGCGCAUCAUUGGGAGCACCAAUUCACAAUGCCAAUCCUCCCAAUCCCGCGCAGCGCCAGCGAUUACCCUCGUAACCGCUACGCCUGUGAAGAAACCGCCUCCCCGCGCCAAGUCAAAUGCGUCAGCUUGGAGCUCGAGUCCUAUACCUAAUGCCAGGAGUUCGAGUCCACGUCUUGCUGGGCGAUCUUUGAGUCCUCCCACCGCUCGCAGUUCAAGUCUUACGCCGCUCGACACAGAUGAUAACGAGCUUCCUCUCGCGUCUGUCCCUUCACUCGACUUCUCCUCUGACAGCCUGUGUAAUGCAAUGGACGAAGAGGAGGAUGCGGAAGAGAAAACGUUGUUCCCAAACUCUUCGCCUGAUGUGUUGCUGCUUAGUAAGAGCGAGUGGGUCGUGGAUGCCAAGAAACGCGUGGCGUCAGCUUCGUCAGAAGUACUGACUUCGGAUACCCCUGUUAGGAAGCGGACGAGGCUUAGGAGGUAGCAGUGUUAGUUUGUGCUGCAAAACGUAAGGUGCGAGGCAGGUGGUAUUACUUGUGUAUGAUCUCAAAAGGUAGACUAAAGGCUGACUGGGACGACCAAAAUUCUAAUCCCAUGGGCCCCAGAGAACAGCGCGAAUACCCAG